UCUCAGCGGAGUCCCUGGAGAAGAACCUAGUUCAGAUGGAGAGACAGCUGGUCCAACUAGAGAGAGAUCUGGACACCUUCUCCUCUCCUGACGACUCUGAAGAUCUCUUCACUGCCAAGAUGUCUAGCUUCUCCACAUUGGCCAGAGAGCAGUACCAGAAGCUAAUGAUCAUGCACAGCAACAUGGGAACCCUCUACCAGAACAUGUUGGACUACUUCGCUUUGGACUCCAAGAAGACCUCCGUCGAGGAACUAUUCACAGACCUCAGCAACUUCAGAACCAUGUUCCUGGUGAGUGGAGAUCUGUCUGUCUGUCCAUAUCAACUAACUGAACCAUGUUCCUGGUGAGUGGAGAUCUGUCUG